UUCCAUUAUCUCGUUCCGAUGCACGAGUAUCAGAAGCCACGGAUCUAGCGUUGCGUUGGCAGCAAUGCCUCGACCGUUGAAUACCUGGGCUUCGAGACAUGUAUAUCAGCCUCCACGCCUCCCGUGGGGUGUCGUCGCCCAACUAGCUACCUCAACCACUUUUUUCCCCCUUUCCACCUUCCUUUCCUAUUCUUGGCCCGAUCCGUUGAUUCAUUUCCAUCCCGCUUUCAAGGGCAAACCGUUUCGCAAUGGCUCCCACAGCACUGGCCGAUAUCUACCCAACCCCGGCGCGGCACUAUCACAAAAACAACACUGUUGUAGCUUCUGUCCUGCAUGGACCUAGAGACUUGCGGCUCGAAACUCGAACCAUCACGGAUCCCGGACCCCUUGAACUUCAGAUCGCUAUCAAAGCCACUGGCGUAUGUGGAAGUGAUGUGUCCUACUACAACAAGUUCCGCAACGGUGAUCUCCAGGCCGUGCAGCCGCUAUCUCUAGGCCACGAGUCUGCUGGGAUUGUCGUUGCCGUGGGCGAUGCUGUGACAGGCUUUCAGAUUGGCGAGCGCGUUGCACUAGAGGUCGGUGUGCCGUGCGACAACUGUAGGUCAUGUCAGCGUGGCCGAUACAACCUCUGUCCUGGUAUGCGGUUCCGAAGUAGCGCCAAGUCUGUACCUCAUUUCCAGGGAACACUCCAGGAUCGCAUCAACCAUCCCGCUAAAUGGUGCCACAAGAUUCCCUCCCAUGUCUCCAUGGAAUCGGCAGCGCUUCUAGAGCCUCUAAGUGUUGCUAUUCAUGCAACUCGGAGAGCCACAGUAGAGCAGGGCGAUACGGCCAUUGUUUUCGGCGCCGGUACUGUUGGCCUGUUGACAGCAGCAAUGGCGAAGAUGUCUGGCGCUACAACUGUAGUGAUUGCCGACAUUGAUCACGGACGUGUGAAUUACGCGUUAACCAACGGCUUUGCCCACAAGGGGUACAUUGUAACACAAAGACGGCAUUUGACCGAGACCGCCGAAAAGUUCAAGGCCGCGAAGGAGAUUGCUGAUGAUGUAAUGCAAAUCGCGUCACUGAAUGAAUCUGGCUUCGAAGGCGCUGAUUUGACGUUCGAUUGCACGGGAAAGGAGAUCUGCAUGCAAGCAGGCCUAUAUGCAACGAGACCGGGAGGCAAGCUGAUCAUGGUGGGAAUGGGCACACCAGUGCAAACACUCCCCAUGUCCGCAUCCCACCUCAAGGAAGUCGAUAUCAUUGGAAUCUUCCGCUACGCCAACACCUAUCCGACUGGUAUCAAGAUCAUUUCCUCCGGGUGCUUGCCGAGUCUCGAUAAUAUGAUCACCCAUCGAUUCAAAGGCCUAGGGGCUGCGAAAGACGCCUUUGAUUUGGCUGGAAAGACUCUGGACAAGGAUGGCAACCUCGUCUUGAAAGUCCUAGUGGAAGCUUAA